GUGGUUCCUGGAAAAGAUGCGGGCGGCCCACGGAGAGGCCAGCCUGCUGGGCCCCCUCUUCCUGGCCGGGUCCCCCGAGAAAGGCCAGGCGGGGGCGCCCGCCGCUGCCUUCCCCAACAUCCUGACCCCGGACCGCAUCCCCGAGUUCUGCAUCCCACCGCGGCUGGCCGGCCCGCCGCCCCCGCCGAGCCUGGCCCCCGCCCUCCGGCCCCACCUCAUCCAGGUGGAGAGCGCGGAGGAGCCCCUGGGCCCGGGGCAGGGUGCCACCAACUCGGACCCCUGCUCACAGGCCGCCCUCUCGCUGCCCCACGUGCCCAGGGCCCAGACCUCCUACGGGUUCUGCGUGCUGCUGGAGAGCCCACACACCCGCCGGAAGGAGUCCAUCUUCCAUGGUGAGCCCUCGGGCAGCCCCCUGGCCUCACCCCGGCCCCGGGCCGGCAGCUGUGGCGGCAGGGAGCCGGCCUGCACCCCAGCGGCGGCCCCCCGGUGGCCCCUCUUCAGCGGGCAGGGCCCCUGGGACAGUGACACGGCCUCCUCCUCCAGCGAGUCCUCGCCCUUCGGCUCCCCGCUCCUGGGCAGGUCCCCUGCCCGGCCCGGCUGCCUGUUCAAAGCCUGGAGCCAGGAGCGGCUGCCCGGCAGGGCCUGGACAUCCCGGCGGCUGUCUGGUGGCAUCUCGAGGGCUGGCUCCUGGUCAGUGGACGAGGGCAGCUCCACCUCCGACAGCAGCCCUGGCUCCCCCCGGCGCUCCUCGGAGAGCCUCCUGCCACCCCCUGCCUUCCCCCUGGACUUGCCCCGCGGCCUGGAGCGCCUGGGCCGCGAGGCCACCGUGGUGAUGGACAAGGGAGGGCUGCUGCGCCUCUCCUCUGAGCACUGCCCCGAGAACCGGCGCCUGCGCAUCCGCCUGAUCAGUGUGGAGGGCCUGUAUGAGGAGGCCGCGCUGGAGCCCCAGAGCAUCAACUGCUGCGUCACCUUCUCGCUGCUGCCCGGCAAGGCCCAGAAGCAGCGGAGCACCGUCAUCAAGAGGAGCCGGAACCCCAUCUUCAACGAGGACUUCUUCUUCGUGGGCAUUUCCGGGGACCACCUCCGGCACCUCUCUGUCAGGAUGAAGGCCCUGAACAAGGGGGGGAACAUGAAAAGGGACUUGGUGCUGGGGGAGAGCGAAGUGCCUUUGACGCAGAUUUUGGCCGCGUGAAACUCAGGGCGGUCUCUGGAUUGACUGAUUUAUUUAUUUGGAGUGACGGGUCUGUGCGUGCGGGUUUUUUGU